AUGGCAGGUUCCAGAAAUAUCGGCCUGUUCCUAUGCUUGGCGGCAUCAGUGAGUGCUGAUUCUGACUCUGGUUCAAUUUGGCCCCCGAGCGACGUGUACUGGGAUGGGCAGUGCACGGCCUGCCCUGCCAAGCUGUAUUCGCACUGUUCUCGAGGGGGUGUUCUGGUUGGCGAGCGGGCCUGCGGAUUUGGGGGCAUGUACUGUGAAGGGAAAUGCACAGAACCUCUCCUAUCUGGGGCUCCGGAGCCAACACUCUACUGGGAUGGCCAGUGCACGGCAUGCCCGGCAAGUUUGUAUGCAGACAGCCAUUGCGCACUGGGAGGGACGAUUGUGCAGGAGAGAGGAUGCGGGCCAGCCCACGCACACUGCGAAGCAAAAUGCCGCCUUCCACAGUCAACUCCCACACCUCAGCCAGAGCUGUACUGGGAUGGCCAGUGCAAAGCCUGUCCAGCAAGCCUGUACAGCCACUGCUCCCAAGGCGGAACCUUGGUGGGCGACAGGGGUUGCGGAUUUCUGCACGUGCUUUGCGAGGGCCACUGUGCAAAGCCUGCACCUGCCCCAGAAGGUGCCGACUGGAUCAUAGUUGGGGGAGGUGCUUCGGGUUGCACGGCAGCAGCCGCCUUGGCGGAUGCUGGAGAGGACGUCCUUGUCCUGGAACGUGGUCAUUCCGAUCUGGACGUGCCCAAAACUGAAUUUGCCAACACAUGGCCGGAGGUUGUCAACACCAAAGCUGCCCAGAACAUCAGGUGGAACGAUGGCACAUGGGGUGCUGCGGCAAAUGUGCUUGGUGGUGGCACAGCAAUCAACGGUGGACUCUACAUAGAGGAGGAGCCGGAGUACUUCGAGAACAACUUUGGCCAGGACUUCAACACCAGUCAAUUCUACGAGAGUUCUCGCUGGGUGGCUGAGCAGCUCGCAGAGCCACUGCAGCCCUCCAGCUACGGCCACCGCUUUGUUCAGGCCCUCCAUGAAGCAAAAGCUGGCUCACUGGAUCCGCAGCCCAGCUUGCGCAUGUCCUCCAACAGCUCCUGGGUCGCCUAUUCCACGUUCAACACGACGGAGCGAACCUGGUCUCGCCGUGGUGCCGGUGACCUGCUUCACAUGCGUUCCGACAUGACGAAUCUCAGAUUUUACACCAACUACCAGGUCAUGAAGAUCAACUUUGAGAACGGCCGAGCCACCAGUGUGCAGGUGGAGAACAACUUCAAGGAAACGGUCACCCUUACUGCGAGAAAGGGUGUGAUUCUGGCUGCUGGUGCCAUUUUCACACCGCAACUUCUUCAAGUGUCAGGCAUCGGUGACCCAGCAUUGCUCCGUGGCUUGGGCGUUCCAGAGGUGGUGUCGAACCCAGACGUUGGCCAGAAUUUCGUGGAUCGAAACAUUUUGAACUUCGGCGUGUGGUCGUCGGAAAGAGGCCCGCUCAAUGUCGGAUACGCAAUGGCCUCAAACUCCAGCUCGCGGAUCACUUUCGAAACCGAAGCUUGGGGAAAAGUGGCGAGUUCCUUUGCGAUUGCUUCGCUGGCUCUGGUACCCCCCGACCAGCGUACCGAGCUGUUGCGCAAGACGAUGACUCCUUUGUUUGAGGGACCCAUUGCUCAUGUCAUGGACAACAUGAUCCAGUUUGUAGCGCUGAAUCACCAGACGUUCUCGCGUGGCAGCGUCACUGCUGUGUCUACAGACGCUCGGAAGCCUCCGUCAGUUACGGCGAACCACCUGAAGGACCCACGGGACCUGGAGCAGAAAUUCACGGCCAUGGCGGCGCUUCAGGAGCUCAUCAAAAGCGAAGCUAUGGCAGACCUUGUCGGCGCCAAGAGCUUCAGUGGAGUGAAUGCCGUGGUUCCGGUCUAUCUCAGCUGCAUACAGAACGGCCCGCAGACAGACGCGAAGGCCAUCAUUGUACCAUGUCUUCCUGAUGCACCAGCUUCGAGGGAGCAGUAUAUUGAAUACUUUCGCAAGACGACGGUGUCGUCAUAUCACUAUUUCAGCACUGCUUCGUAUGGAAAAGUGAUCGACGGCCCAGAGUUCACUGUCAAGGGCACAAGCAACUUGCACGUUGUGGAUGCAUCAGUCUUUCCGAAUCCAACACGUGUCAACCCCCAGGGUACAAUCAUGGCCAUGGGCCACUACAUAGGCACCCUUCUGGCGAAGAAGGAGAAAGCAAGGCAACUCACAGAGAUGGUGUAG